AUGGGAGAUAAAGAGAAAUUGGAAAAUAUUAGGGAAAGAAUAAAAACAGGAAAAAAUACAUUUAAAGAAAUCUGUGCAGAACUUCUGAAUGGGGACAAUAUAGCACAAGAAACCUUGGGAAACAUUUUAUUGCUUGCAGAAGAAAUAGCAUUCCCUAAAGGCCCUCCCUCCUUCCCUAAGAAUGCUCUUGAUUCAGAGAAUAAGAGUCCUAAUGGCAAAAACAUCACUGAAAAUAUAUACAAAAAAUAUGAAAAGCUAAUGUAUGAAAUGUAUCCCAAAUUCUUGUAUCUUAUGUGUGUUUUUCUUAAAGAGUGUGCUAGAUAUCAGUUCACGACUGAUAUAUCGAGUGGUGGAGUGUUUUUUGAAAAAAGUGUGGAGAUCUGCCAGGAGAUGCUUUUUAUUCUUAGAAAACGGACUGUGCACGAGACUAGUCUAGGAUAUAUUCCAUCGAGUAUAUUGUCUUUGUUGUUGGAGAUAAUACGCACGCACUGUAAGGAUGUCUCGCCAGAGUUUAUUAGUGCAGUGCAUGAGAUCAAGCGGCUUGAAGGAAACAUAUUGGAAAUACUUGCUAUAAAAACAAUGUUGGGCCCACUGUUUAAGCUGUUUAAGUGCAUAAUAGACCAUGUUGGAAACCAAAACCAGCGGGUUAUGCAGUCUCUUCUGAAAACAAUAGAAAAGACAGAGGCGUAUAAGACAUCACUAUACUUUGAACAGAAUAAAACUGUUCCUUUUUUGGCUAAAACAUUAAGAGAAGAGCUAAGAACAUGGGGAAUGAAUCUUAUACACCCGGUGUAUUUUUACAUUGACCCGGCAUAUCCACUUCUUGCAGCUGCAAUAGUUAUUAAGCCAGACAAUUUGAUAUAUGAACCGCAUGAAGGCAUAAGCAUGUACAUAUCCUUAAUUAUGAGAGAGCUUAUGCGGUAUACUCCGUAUGUAGACAUGCGUGUGAAUUAUUUGUAUAUUGAUGUAGGGGAUACUGGGACAGACAUAGAUGUGAAUAAAUGGAAUUAUUUAGGACACAUCUAUAACCUAGAUGUGAUUAGAUGUGAGAUCAAUUUUACUACACAGAAUGUGUAUGAGGCAUCUAGAUUUAUUGAUGGUUUGGUUAGGUCUGUGGUAGCGCAGGAUAUUAUUUCUUUAUCAAUGUAUCCCAGCAUUCCUUUAUCAAGAAAAGUGCAGUGUGUGCUGAUUGAUAAUCUUAGAAUUGAGUCCUUGGAUGUAAAGGAGUGCUUGGGCAGUGGUGGUAUUAGUUCGUGUGUUGAGGAGUUCAUAUGCCUUCUGGCAAAAAGAAAGAAUGGAACACUGCGGUACUUGAGAGAGCUUGCCAUCACAUCGCCAUUUUAUAAGGCCAUGGCCACCAACCUGCAGAAAAUAACAUUUUAUGGGAUACAGAAGCUUACUCUUGAGUUCAUUGCACUAGACCGGUACUACAACACAGGCAGCAUAAAGAAUAUCACAGAAUUAGUAAACACACUGACAUUCCCUGUUCUUCACGAGCUCAACAUAAAAAACCAUAACAUCACAAAAGAAGACUUCAACUUUUUGAACUUAAACAUGAAUCUGGUGCAAAUCCAGUACGGUAAAUUUUACUGUCCCUCUGGGUCAUCCUACCGCCCAGAACAGCACAGUUAUACCUUUAAGCGCCCAGAGUCUGUUGCUAUGAGCUCAGGGAUUGUUUUUAUCAUAGCAGAAAAUAUUGUGUACGAGUGGACCGUUAACUAUGUGGAUACCGCAUUCUCCGACUGUCUGGUCUGUAAGAUUCCCUUCUGUAACAAUUCAAACAAGCAAGUGGUCAUUCUCUCCUGUGGAUCAGUCGUCCACAUUUCAUGUAUUGUAGACGCAUUUGGAAAGAAAAAGAAUCCAUGCUGCCCAUUUUGUAAGAAAAAAGUACAGCUAAUAAUGGGCUCGCCAAUGGCUGUUGAUAUAAUGUUUAAGCCGCCAAUGUCUUAUACAAGACACUCAGUAACCCGAUAG